GAAACACAGCUUAGCGAUUGCAGCGCCACAGAAAACACUGUGAAUGACAAUGGAAAUGAUGCAUGUUUUUUGACUGCUCUGGAAAAGGAAAACAUUGUGAGCAAUGCGUGAAAAACAUUCAAAAUUGUAGAUAUAUUGUGUUGAGAGACAGUGUUUUGUAGUGAUAAAGUGGGCACAGUUGCGCGAAAGCCAUGAAAAUGCCGUGCUGGUACUACGAGAAGAAGGACUUGAAGAGCACGCCUUCAGUGAAGGAUGGGAUCGACUUCGAAACGGAGCGACGGUACCGGAAGGAGGGGGCGCGUUUUAUCAUGGAGUGUGGCACAGCUAUGGGACUGGGGCACAACACCAUGGCCACAGGGAUUGUAUAUUUCCACCGGUUCUACAUGUUUCACUCCUUCCGGACAUUUCCGCGCUACGUCACCGCGAGUUGCUGCUUGCUGCUUGCCGGGAAGGUGGAGGAGACGCCCAAGAAGUGUAAGGACAUCAUUAAGACAGCCAAGACGCUGCUGUCGGACCAGAAGUUCCUCUCCUUCGGUGACGAUCCCAAGGAGGAGGUUAUGACACUCGAGAGAAUUCUGCUGCAGACCAUCAAGUUCGACCUGCAAGUGGACCAUCCGUACGGGUUUCUGGUGAAGUACGCCAAGUGCUUCAAGGGAGACAGUACGAAGCUGCAGAAGAUGGUGCAGAUGGCGUGGAACUUUGUCAAUGACUCCCUCAGUACAACUGUGUGCCUCCAGUGGGAGCCCGAAAUCAUUGCCGUGGCUCUGAUUCACCUGGCCAGCAAACUUAGCAAGUUCACCGUAACCGACUGGACGGGAAAGCAACCCAAUCAUCUGCGAUGGUGGGACAUGUUCGUGGCGGACGUCACAAUGGAGAUCCUAGAGGAUAUAUGCCAUCAAGUGUUGGAUCUCUAUCAGCAGGCCAACAGCGCCUCCACACCUGACAGUCCACCCCAAUUGCCACCCAGCAAAGCCAGUCCACCUAUGAAGCGAGCUCACAUCGCAUCGCCGGCCACUAAGGCAGACUCCAGCCUGGGAAAGACUGGUGAUGACAAACUGGACGCCGGGGCACCGAUUCCCAAGAUAAUCUCUACGGACAAUGUGCACUACAACUACCCGACCGGUUACUCCUCCAUGUACUCCCAUCCGCCGCCCUACGGCACAGCAGCACCCGCGCUGCCCGGGGCUCUGCCCCCGGCCGCGUCCACUUACCCGCCUUCGCUGUAUCCGCAGUCGUCAACGGCGCCUCAGCACUACUCCUCAAUCCCGCCACUGGUGCAUCCCUCGGCGCACGCCUCCAAUUACUACCAGGGAGCGCACGGCCGGCAGUCCUACUACCCGCCACCCACGUAGCACAUCAAUAAAGGGCCUUCUGGAAAAGCA